AUGUGGCUUCCACUUGCAGAAUGGUGGUAUAACACCAACUAUCAUACCAGCUUGAGGAUGAGUGCAUUCCAAGCCCUAUAUGUCUACAUUCCACCACACUUGGAUUUUCCCUCUACUGCAACCACCUCUGUUGCUGUUGUUGAGGAGUACUUAAAACAGAGAGAUGCUGUACUUGAUUUAUUGAAAGAAUCUCUUCAUCAUGCAGAAGAGAGGAUGAAGUUUUAUGCUGAUAAUAAAAGAACAAAUAAGACAUUUGAAGUAGGGGAUCACGUUUAUUUGAAGCUGCGACCAUAUCGCCAAGCUUCUCUCAAGAAGCAGAUUGGUGCUAGACAUUUACCUUCUCUUACACUACCUACUUUGGAUACUGAUGGCCGAAUACUUGUUAUUCCUGCAACUAUUUUGGCUCUAAAACUAUCAUUAGAAAUGGAGUCUAGGUACCUCAGUUGCUUAUCAGGUGGACCAAUGCAUCAUCUGAGGAUGCUACUUGGGAAGAUGCAGGGCAUAUAA